GGUGAGACGGCGGCGGUGACGCCCGCGCCCCGCGCCCCGCAGCGCCUCCCCUCCCCGCCGCCGCCCGCCCGCCGCCGCCGCCGCCGCCGCCGCCGGAGGAGCCGUCGAGCCCCGGCGGCCUGAGGGGGGCCGGGGGGCGGGGCGGCCGGACCAGCGAUGCCGGCGGGCAUGACGAAGCACGGCUCGCGCUCCACCAGCUCGCUGCCGCCGCAGCCCGUGGAGAUCGUGCGCAGCAAGGCCUGCUCGCGCCGCGUGCGCCUCAACGUCGGCGGCCUGGCGCACGAGGUGCUGUGGCGCACGCUCGACCGCCUGCCCCGCACGCGGCUCGGCCGGCUCCGCGACUGCAACACGCACGACUCGCUGCUCGAGGUGUGCGACGACUACAGCCUGGACGACAACGAGUACUUCUUCGACCGCCACCCCGGCGCCUUCACCUCCAUCCUCAACUUCUACCGCACCGGGCGGCUGCACAUGAUGGAGGAGAUGUGCGCGCUCAGCUUCAGCCAGGAGCUGGACUACUGGGGCAUCGACGAGAUCUACCUGGAGUCCUGCUGCCAGGCCCGCUACCACCAGAAGAAGGAGCAGAUGAACGAGGAGCUGAAGCGCGAGGCCGAGACGCUGCGCGAGCGCGAGGGCGAGGAGUUCGACAACACCUGCUGCGCCGAGAAGCGCAAGAAGCUGUGGGACCUGCUGGAGAAGCCCAACUCCUCGGUGGCCGCCAAGAUCCUGGCUAUCAUCUCCAUCAUGUUCAUUGUCCUCUCCACCAUCGCGCUGUCUCUCAACACGCUGCCUGAGCUGCAGAGCCUGGACGAGUUCGGCCAGAGCACGGACAACCCCCAGCUGGCCCACGUGGAGGCCGUGUGCAUCGCCUGGUUCACGAUGGAGUACCUGCUGCGCUUCCUGUCGUCGCCCAAGAAGUGGAAGUUCUUCAAGGGCCCGCUCAACGCCAUUGACCUGCUGGCCAUCCUGCCCUACUACGUCACCAUCUUCCUCACGGAGUCCAACAAGAGCGUGCUGCAGUUCCAGAACGUGCGGCGCGUGGUGCAGAUCUUUCGCAUCAUGCGCAUCCUGCGCAUCCUGAAGCUGGCGCGCCACUCCACCGGCCUCCAGUCCCUGGGCUUCACCCUGCGCCGGAGCUACAACGAGCUGGGCCUGCUCAUCCUCUUCCUCGCCAUGGGCAUCAUGAUCUUCUCCAGCCUGGUCUUCUUUGCCGAGAAGGAUGAGGACGACACCAAGUUCAAAAGCAUCCCGGCCUCUUUCUGGUGGGCCACCAUCACCAUGACGACGGUGGGGUACGGAGACAUUUACCCCAAGACUCUCCUGGGGAAGAUCGUCGGGGGGCUGUGCUGCAUCGCGGGGGUGCUGGUGAUUGCUCUGCCCAUCCCCAUCAUCGUCAAUAACUUCUCCGAGUUCUACAAGGAGCAGAAGAGGCAGGAGAAAGCCAUCAAGCGCAGAGAGGCCCUGGAGAGGGCCAAACGGAACGGCAGCAUCGUGUCCAUGAACAUGAAGGACGCCUUUGCCCGGAGCAUCGAGAUGAUGGACGUCGUGGUGGAGAAGAACGGGGAGAACGUGGGCAAGAAGGACAAAAUCCAGGACAACCACCUGUCCCCCAAGUGGAAGUGGACAAAGCGGACGCUGUCAGAAAACAGCUCGAGUAAGUCCUUCGAGACCAAGGAGCAGGGCUCCCCCGAGAAGGCGCGCUCCUCCUCCAGUCCCCAGCACCUCAACGUCCAGCAGUUGGAGGACAUGUACAGCAAGAUGGCCAAGACCCAGUCCCAGCCGAUCCUCAACACCAAAGAGUCGGCACCCCAGAGCAAACCAAAGGAAGAACUCGAGAUGGAAAGUAUCCCCAGCCCCGUCGCCCCGCUGCCCGCCCGGGCUGAAGGCGUCAUCGACAUGCGCAGUAUGUCCAGCAUCGACAGCUUUAUCAGCUGCGCCACGGACUUCCCCGAAGCCACGAGAUUCUCCCACAGCCCCCUGGCGUCCCUCCCCAGCAAGGCCGGGGCUGGCGCCCUUCCGGAGGGGGCCUGGCGGGGAGCCCUGGGUGCCAGCGGGGGUCGACUGGUGGACACCAACUCCACGCCCACCCCCGAUGGCAGCCAUUGCUCCAGCUUUUUCAUGGAGAGCCCCAAGAGCUCCCUGAAGACCAACCCCUUGAAGCUCCGAGCGCUGAAAGUCAACUUCCUGGAGGGGGACCCCGGUCCGCUGCUCCCCGUGCUGGGGGUGUACGAGGACCCUCUUAGGCCCAGAGGGGGUGCGGCAGCCGCCGUGGCGGGCCUGGAGUGCGCCUCGCUCUUGGACAAGCCCGUCCCAUACCCCGAACCUUCCAUCUUCACCACGGCAAGUGCUAGGACUCCGUCUCGGUCGCCGGAGAAGCACGCUGCCGGCAGCGCCGCCACGGCGUUCAGCUUCGAGGCGGGCGUGCACCAGUUCAUCGACGCGGACACGGACGAUGAGGGCCAGCUGCUCUACAGCGUGGACUCCAGCCCUCCCAAGAGCCUCCGCGGCAGCACCAGCCCCAAGUUCAGUGCCCCGGCCAGGUCAGAAAAGAACCACUUUGAAAGCUCCCCCCUCCCCCCCUCGCCACAGUUCCUAAGGCAGAACUGCAUCUACCCCCCGGAGACGCUGGCCGCCGGCAAGGGCCCCGGCGGUCAGGAAAAGGGCAAACUGGAGAAUCACGUCUCCCCUGACGUCCGCCGGCUGCCCGGAGGAGGGGCCCACGGGAGCCCUCGGGACCCAAGUAUCUGA